GCAGCAUGAACCAAUUAGUUGGAUCAUGGAAAUGCAGUGGCAACCCAGCACAUAAGUCAAAUUUGUUAAGUCAAAUAUGAAAGAUGUCCUUUGUUGAUUGAGGAACAUUUGUUUAUUAUUUGUUUAAGAACUUCAUCAAAAUAAUUCCAAAAUGGGCAAGCGCCAGCAUCAAAAAGAUAAGAUGUACCUCACGUACACCGAGUGGUCGGAGUUGUACGGAGGAAAAAAAGUUGAAUCAGCAGAAAAUGAGCACAUCAAAUUUAAGCGUCUUCCAUUCGACCACUGUUGCAUUACAAUGGUGCCUUUCGAUACGCCCUACUGUGAUGUUGAUGGUAAUGUUUUUAGCUUGGAGGCGAUACACGCUUUUAUCAAAACAUUCAAAGUGAAUCCAAUCACUGGCAAAUCUCAGGAUGCAAAGAUCCUAGUGAAACUAAAUUUUCAUAAGAACGCUGAAGGUGUAUAUCAUUGCCCGGCGCUUUUUAAACCAUUCACAAAAAAUUCACACAUUGUGGCGUUGGCCACUACCGGCAAUGUUUACUCUUGUGAAGCUAUUGAACAGCUAAACAUAAAAACCAAGAAUUGGAAAGACCUCGUAGAUGAUUCGCCAUUUCAGCGCAAAGAUAUAAUAACUAUUCAGGAUCCGCACCAUUUAGAAAAGUUUGAUAUUUCGCGUUUUUAUCAUAUACGAAAAAAUCUUCGCGUUCUCUCUGAAGAAGAGCAGUUGGAACGCAAAGACCCAACUAAACGUAUUAAAACUAUGAAUUUAGAAACUAAAGAAACACUAGCACAGCUGGAGAAAGACUACCAGCCACCAGAGGAAGCACCAACUACAAGCAAACGUAUAGCGGAUAAGUUCAAUGCAGCACAUUACUCAACUGGAGCUGUGGCAGCAAGUUUUACCUCGACAGCUAUGGUACCAGUUUACAACCAUGAGGCGGCAAUAAUCGAAGAUGAUUUAGUAAAGUACGAACGUGUAAAGAAGAAAGGCUAUGUACGUCUGCAAACAAAUUUUGGACCACUAAAUUUUGAAUUGUAUUGCGAUGCAGUUCCUCGUGCUUGUGAUAACUUUAUACGACAUUGCAGUGAUGGAUAUUAUAAUAACAUCAAGUUUCAUCGCUCCAUACGAAACUUUAUGAUACAAGGUGGUGAUCCCACUGGAACUGGUACUGGUGGCAAAUCUAUUUGGGGUAAAAAGUUUGAAGACGAAUUCAAACCUAAUCUCUCGCAUUCAGGCCGUGGUAUGCUCUCUAUGGCUAAUUCGGGCCCAAAUACGAAUGGAUCACAAUUUUUCAUAACGUAUCGGUCGUGUAAGCACUUAGAUGGUAAGCAUACAGUAUUUGGAAAACUUGUUGGUGGUAUGGAUACGCUAACUCAGAUGGAAAAGGUUGAGGUUGAUAAUAAGGAUCGUCCCAUCGAAGACAUUAUCAUUGAAUCGGCACAAGUUUUCGUAGAUCCAUUCAAGGAAGCUUUGGAGCAACUAGCAGAAGAACGCGCUACGGAAGCUGAAAAACAAGCGCAAACGGCUGCUGAAGUCAAAAAACAAAAACGCUUAAAUGAACCAUUGAAAGUCUAUCGACAGGGAGUGGGGAAAUAUUUAAAUUUAACUGCAACGAAAACUCCUAAAGCAAGUGUGAAUAACGCGAGCACUGAUACGACGAAAAAGAAACAAAAAUCCAUAGGUAAGGGAAUUUUUGGCGAUUUCUCUAGUUGGUAGCACUAAACACACUUUUAUUUAUAAGUUGUAUUUCUAUUUAAAACUCUAAUGAAAAUUAAACGUAAAAUUACAUAA